AUGCCCCCUACAAUCCUCGACUACCAUUCAGACUGCCCGACGUUCGCCCUCUCCGUCUCACCCCUAUCCAACUCGUCCCCCUCGUCCCUCCGCCUCGCAGUCGGCUCGUAUAACGAGACCCGCACCUCCGCUCCACCCUCCUCUUCUUCCUCGUCGAAUGGCGCGGCAGGCGGUGCAGGCCUGAGCAACAACUUCACCGUCGCCUCGCUCGAUCCGGCGUACCUCGACCUCGAAGACGCGUCCGAUUCAGACUCCGAGACCGCCUACCGGUCGCGAACGACGAGACAACGCGUCUCGGGUGGAAGCGCGUACCGGGCUGUCGCGAGGGCGCCGCUGCUGUAUCCACCGAGUGCUGUGCAGUUUGCGCCGGCGAAGUUGAGCAGUAGCUUGGGCGGAAGCGGCGGGGGAGUCGGCUCAGGGGGCGAACAGAGAGAGGUGCUUGCGACGACUUCCGAGUGCUUGCGGUUGUGGGACUUGGUAACGGAGCAGGAGGACGGGGCGGCAGGACGAAGUGCGAGCGGAUAUGUUGGAGGAGGCGCUGUGCCGACGCGGAAUCGGCUAGUCAGUCGGGCGACACUCCAGAAUUCGAAAGCCGAGUUCUCCGCACCUUUGACGAGCUUCUCUUGGUCGAUGCUCCAGCCUAUUCACAUUGUGACCUCGUCAAUAGACACUACCUGCACCGUCUGGGACAUCUCGACCGGUGUCCCCGUCACCCAGCUCAUCGCGCACGACCGAGAAGUCUACGACGUCGAGUGGUCGCCCCAGUCGCCCGAGAUUUUCGCUUCGGUCGGCGCAGACGGCAGCGUCCGAAUGUUCGACUUGCGGUCUCUCGAGCACUCGACAAUUCUCUACGAAGCCGCGCCCGCACUGCCCUCCUCUUCUUCCUCCAAACACAACGGCGGCUCUUCCUCGACAAGUCCCCCCUCGACGACCGCAACGCCUCCACCACUACUCCGCCUCGCCUUCUCUCCCACGAGCCCAACCUACCUCGCCGUCAUCCACGCCGAGUCGAACGACGUCCAGAUUCUCGACACGCGGAGUCCGGGACAGCCGGCUUUCGAGGUCAAGGGGCACAGGGCGCCGGUGAAUGGGUUGGCGUGGGGUGGCUCGACGAUGAUGGGCGGAGCGGGCGAGACGAGCGGGCCUGGGUGGCUUGCGACAGUCAGCGACGACGCGACCCUCCUCCUCUGGGACCUCUCGCCAUUUCAACCACACGCACAACAGUCCACCCGCUCAGCACCUCAACAGCCCAAACGAGUCUCGACGCCCUCGCUCGCUUAUACCGCGCCGAGCGAGAUCAAUGCCGUUGCGUGGGGAGGAGGAGGCGAGUGGGUCACGAUUGGGUGCGGGAGGGUCGUGAGGAGCGUGAGGUGCUGA